GGGUCCCCAGGGUGUGGCCUCGAGGGGGGGGCAGGUGCCCCUGCCACCAACCACCCUCCGCAGCGGGAGCAGCACCAGAGCUGCCUGGCCUUUCCGGAGGGUGGAGCUGAACCGGAUGGGACAGGACAGCAAGAGCAGCUACGUCCAGUCUGGGGAUAGAAGAAAAGGGAAGAGAGAGGUCUUCGGGGAAAGUCGAAAAGAAGGAAGAAGGCGCCCGAGUCGGGACUGGAGCGAAAGCGAUUCUUGUGAAAACGGGCGAAUCUGCAUGUGCUUAAACUUUGCUUUUCGAGUCCGGGGCAUCCCUGGGCUUGUCGGGCUUUGCUGCUGCUCCCCCGUCUCCUUCACUGCCUGGCUGGGGCUUCACCGCACAGCCUCCCGCCCCGCCCCCAAGGUCUGGGGGGAUGGACCUUCUGGCACUACGGCUGGUCCCCACACAGGCUUCUCCACGCUGCUGGUAGGAUGAAGAGAAUUGGAAAUUUUCUUGGGUGUCUGCCCUUUGGACAAAGCCACUGGGCUGUGGCAGAGUAAGCCGCAGGACUUCGAAGCGUGUUUGUGAGUGGCGGUGAACCUGGGUUCCCACCCACUCGAGGCCAACUUUGCAAGUUCACUGGGUCCAGGCACUGGGGCUUUCUCAGUGGCCUUGCUACCUCUCAGGCAACGACAGCAGCCUCGAGUUGAGGAAAUUGUGGCCGGACAGGCUGUGAGGCAGCUCUCCCAUCAUCCUCCUGGUGCCUGGUGACUGCUGGUGGCUGCUGGUGCAUGGUGCAGCGUCUGCUGGGACAGGGGCCAGACUGACUAACCCGAUGUCCUGUGGAAUGCUGGGGCAAGCUCUCGCCCUCACACUCCUCCUGCUCCUUGAGAGGCAUCAGGGCCAAGCAUCUCCGGACUCUGCUGACCGUGUGACUGGACUGUCAGGAGCACCUGUCAGGUUACAGCCGCCCAGCACACUGACGAGGGCAGACUCCGUGGAAUGGAAGGUACAGCUGCACACAAAGCCGGAAUUUUACGUGAUUCUCACUUGGAAGAAUACUUCUGGUGAUUUAAGCAAUAUUCUUUGGGUUUCUGAGUCUUUCAACAAUAGACUCAGUUUUAAGAUCGAGGACUUAAGUCUCCUCAUCAACGCUACUCAGCAGCAGGACAGUGGCCUCUACCUCCUGGAGGUCACCAGAGAGGAUGGGAGUAUUUGCAGACACGAGUUCCAGAUUUCCGUAUUUGAUCACGUUGAGAAGCCUCGUCUGCUGGAGCAGUGGAAAGCCCUAGACAGAGGGAGGUGCCAGGUGACCCUGUCCUGCUUGGUCUCCAGAGGUGGCAAUGUAAGCUACGCCUGGUAUAGAGGGAGCGAGUUGAUCCAGACGACGAGGAACCUCAGCGAACUGGAAGAGCAGGUUGGCGUCGGAAGCCGGCACAAAUACACCUGCAAUGUCAGCAACCCUGUCAGCUGGGCGACCCAGACGCUUGAACUCACCCAGGCCUGUCACCAUGUCGACUUUCUUUCCAUUUUGGUGAUCGUUUUGCUUCUCAUACUCACCCUGACCCUCGGCAGCCUCGCCGGCUUGUGUGUGUGGAGGAGGAGGAGGAGGAAGCGGUCACAGCCCAUCCCAAAGGAAUCUCUGACGAUUUAUGAAGACGUCAACAGCCUGACGACCAGGAGAAAUCAAGAGCAGGAGCACAGCUCCCUUGGAGAAGAGAGGACCAUCUACUCCAGCGUCCAGGCCCAGUCCGCUGCUCCCACGUCGCGGGAAACGGAGAGCACCGUGAGAUCCCAUCACUUCAGAGACUUUUUUGGCGCUGAGUCUCUUUGGGGACCCCUCAUGUUCAUUAGGAGCAAGGCAUUUCUUGAUUUGGAGUUAAGCGCUCUUUACCCUCUGAAUUUCCAGUCUGGAUCCAGGAAGAGGAGCCACAGCCCUGCUGUUGCCAUCACCAUCUACGAAGAGAUUAGAAAGCAACGACCCGAAGCCCAGAACGCUGUCCGACUGAGCCGCAAGGAGCUGGAGGGGUUUAGGGUUUACCCUUACCCGCCGCAGCUCUCUCCACUCUGACCCACAUCCGAUUUGGGGAAUCCGCAGUCAUGACACCACACGAGUCUUUACAGAACGGGUCCUAGUCUGUCUGGAGAGGAUGCGGGGUUUUGUUCACGGACUGUAUUUUGCCUUGAAAAUGAUUUGUAACAGACAUUGUAAGAGCGAGAGUGUUAAAUACUAUCCCUCAAUGUUCAAAGCAGACGAGAAUGGGCGGAGAGUUUGGCAGUUAACAAAAGACCACACAGCAAGUCCAGAUACUGGUCAUCUAUCGAAUUCUAUGUAAAUAUGGGGUGUUUAUUAUCAUCAAGGUUCCCCCUCCUGGUUUUCUAAGCUAUUGCUUGUCUCCCCUCCUCCUUAAUGUGGGAUGAUCCUCCCUUUGCCCAGUCCCAUCUUUCAAAGAGGAAGAAAAGAUAGUGGAGACUCAGAGGAAGAGAAAUAGCCCCUCUGUGAGGCCAAGGGGACCAGACCUGGGCUUCGCUCAGAUACAGAGAGAAAACUCCCCCAGCAUGUAUGACACCUUUACCUCUGACCCACUGAUCACAGGGGGGCUGGGCAGGAGUGGGAGCAGAUGAUGCAAAGCGAGCCCAUCUCUGAGUGGAGAAGUCACCGGGACAUCAUGGGUCCUGACAGUGGGACCAGUGGCUGUCUCUGAGGAGGGAACUGGGCUAUUUUUCUUACUACAUACUUUUUGGGUACUGUCAGGUUUCUAUAAAUCAUAUGCGUAUA